AUGCACUUCCUGACAAGCAGUGCCAGAACACCUAAUGUAAUAAAAAGCCCUUAUAAAGGAGAUACAUAUCAUACUAUUACCAUGUGUCUAAUUGAAUCAAUGAAUUUUGAUGAUGAAGCACCGGUACAUGUUUGUAUACUGAGAGGAUUAAAGAACGAUCUGCUGUUAAGGCUCACAGGAGACACUAUUCGUGCUUUAAAAGCUAAUUCAAAUGCACAAUCGACGGAGGAUGGCAAAGAUUCUGAUAUCACCGACGUUAAACUAAGGCGUCUUUUAGAUGCUAUCAAAUAUAUUGAUUGUGGUUUAAAUGAAUUACCAAUUGUAAACAAUGGUAGGGAAGAUUAUUUAUGA